AUGAAAGUAGAUUUUAUUGAGCCAGAGGACUUACGAUAUAGAAUUGAAUUGAAUGAUCAAAAUUUUCAUAUUAUUGAUUUACGAGAUUAUGAUUAUGGUGUUGGAUAUAUCCGAACUCCAACACCGGAGCAAUAUCAUCAUAUAACAACAGAGGAAUUUACAGCAGAAGUGGCCAAACAACUCAUUUCGGAAAAUAUUUCUAAUCAAUUACCAAAUAAUUCGAAAAUCGAUUUUAUAUUUCAUUGUUUUUACUCUCAGCAAAGAGGACCAACAGCUGCAAUGAAAAUGUUAUCGAUUGUUGAGAAUUUGGACGAUUCGAGUGUUGAAUCUAGAAUUGGAAUUAAAGUGUUGAGAGGUGGUUGGGGAUUGUGGAAUACUCGAUUUUUCAAUGAUGACAAGGUUAUUAUCAGGUUACCUGACAGUGAGGAAGAGUCCACUAGCAGUGAAGAUGACGAUGAGUGA